CAGUCGGUGUGUAUGUGACGGGAACAGGCCGGUGACGUCACAGCGCAGCCUCGUAGCCCCCGCAGUGCAUUGUGGGUGCAACCCAAGAUGGCGGCGCCCUUGCAGAAGUGCUGAAGAAGUGCCUCUCCGAACAUAAUCUCGGGAUUCUGUGUGAUUUCCACGAAAACCAUCGCGCCAAACCAGAUAUCUGGCCGCUGGUGAGCAGGAGGAGACCCCGCGGCCCAGUCACCGGUACGUGAGGCCGCUGCUCCGUGUGGCUGUGGCAGACUGUCGGCCUGAAGAUGGGCCUCGUCUCCAGAGCCUCCCCGUAGCGCCGCGCCGUGGGGAGAGCGGCGGGGACACAUUCCCCUGUAAACACGCACCCGUACAGCUGGGCUUUGCCGGGUUCGACAUACUGUACCGGCUGUGGACGCUGCCGUACAACUUUCUGACCAGGGUCGUCUGUGCCACCGUGUCUGUCAUCGUCCGGAGACGGAGAGGAUCAACAGCCCGGGUCGAUAACCCGACCGCACCAAGGGCCCUGAUGAAGAUGGACUCAGACUUGCUUCACUCUCCGGCCGUGGGCCUCGCAGAGGAAGAGGAGGCCGACAUGAAUGACUGGAAACUUCCACUGGCCUUCAUGAAGAAACGGCACUCUGAGAAGAUUGAGGGCUCCAAGGCUUUGGCACAGAGCUGGAGGAUGAAGGACAGGAUGAAGACCGUGAGUGUGGCGCUGGUGUUGUGUCUCAACGUGGGAGUGGACCCUCCUGAUGUGGUCAAGACCUCCCCCUGCGCCAGACUGGAGUGCUGGAUAGAUCCUCUGUCGAUGAGUCCACAGAAAGCCCUGGAGACCAUCGGGGCCAAUCUGCAGAAGCAAUAUGAAAACUGGCAACCCAGGGCGCGUUACAAACAGAGUCUGGACCCGACGGUGGACGAGGUGAAGAAGCUGUGCACGUCGCUGAGACGCAACGCCAAAGAGGAGCGAGUCCUCUUCCACUACAACGGCCACGGGGUGCCACGGCCCACGGUCAACGGAGAGAUCUGGGUUUUUAAUAAGAACUACACCCAGUACAUCCCGCUGUCCAUCUACGACCUGCAGACGUGGAUGGGGAGCCCGUCCAUUUUUGUCUAUGACUGCUCCAACGCUGGAAUCAUUGUCAAGUCGUUUAAACAGUUCGCUCUGCAGAGAGAGCAGGAACUGGAGGUGGCGGCCAUUAACCCCAGCCACCCGCUCGCUCAGAUGCCACUGCCGCCCUCUAUGAAGAACUGCAUCCAGCUGGCUGCCUGCGAGGCCAGCGAGCUGCUGCCCAUGAACCCCGACCUCCCAGCUGACCUCUUCACCUCCUGCCUCACCACGCCCAUCAAGAUCGCCCUCAGAUGGUUUUGUAUGCAGAAGAGUGCCAAGUUGGUGCCAGGGGUGACGUUAGACCUCAUCGAGAAGAUCCCCGGCAGGCUCAACGACAGACGCACUCCCCUCGGAGAGCUCAACUGGAUCUUCACAGCCAUCACCGACACAAUUGCCUGGAAUGUGCUGCCUAGAGAUUUGUUCCAGAAGUUGUUUCGCCAGGACCUGCUGGUGGCCAGCUUGUUCCGCAAUUUCCUGUUAGCAGAGAGGAUAAUGAGGUCGUACAACUGUACACCGGUCAGCAGUCCCCGUCUGCCCCCUACAUACAUGCACGCCAUGUGGCAAGCGUGGGACCUGGCCGUGGACAUAUGCCUCUCUCAGCUGCCUACCAUCAUUGAGGAGGGCACCGCCUUCAGACACAGUCCCUUUUUUGCCGAACAGCUGACGGCGUUUCAGGUGUGGUUGACGAUGGGGGUGGAGAACAGAAACCCUCCUGAGCAGCUCCCAAUCGUCCUGCAGGUCCUCCUCAGUCAGGUUCAUCGGCUGCGAGCACUGGACCUGCUUGGACGGUUUCUGGAUCUUGGUCCCUGGGCCGUCAGCCUGGCCCUGUCCGUUGGGAUCUUCCCCUACGUAUUAAAGCUGCUCCAGAGCUCAGCCAGAGAGCUGCGGCCUCUGCUGGUUUUCAUCUGGGCUAAAAUCCUCGCCGUGGACAGUUCAUGUCAAGCUGACCUGGUGAAAGACAACGGACACAAGUACUUCCUGUCGGUGUUAGCUGACAGUUACAUGCCAGCUGAGCAUCGAACCAUGGCUGUCUUCAUAUUGGCUGUUAUCGUCAACAGCUACAACACAGGACAGGAGGCCUGUCUGCAGGGCAACCUAAUAGCCAACUGCCUGGAACAGCUGUCGGACCCCCACCCUCUGCUCCGCCAGUGGGUGGCCAUUUGCCUGGGCCGCAUCUGGCAGAACUUUGAACCGGCACGCUGGUGUGGAGUUCGGGACAGUGCACACGAGAAGCUGUACACUCUGCUGUCGGAUCCCAUCCCUGAGGUGAGGUGUGCAGCUGUUUUUGCUCUGGGGACGUUUGUGGGAAACUCUGCCGAGAGGACGGACCACUCCACCACCAUCGAUCACAACGUGGCCAUGAUGCUGGCCCAGCUCAUCAACGAUGGCAGCCCUGUGGUCCGCAAGGAGCUGGUAGUAGCACUGAGUCACCUGGUGGUCCAAUAUGAAAGCAACUUCUGUACAGUUGCCCUCCAGUUUAUAGAAGAGGAGAAGAACUAUUCAGUGCCGUCACCAGCCAACACCGCAGAGCCUGGUAACCUGACUCCAGUGAGGGACAGUCCGGCCAUCCCGCGCCUGCGAUCGGUCAACUCCUACACCAACAUCCGAGCUGCCACCACUGCACGCAACCUGAACAAGAGCCUGCAGAACCUCAACCUCAAUGAAGAAGGUGGGCCAGCAGCCUUCUCUCCUGGUAACCUGAGCACCAGCAGCAGCGCCAGCAGCACCCUGGGGAGCCCCGACAAUGAUGAGUACAUCCUCUCUUUUGAGACCAUCGACAAAAUGAGACGGGUGUCCUCCUAUUCUUCACUCAACUCCCUCAUAGGUGUGUCCUUCAACAGUGUUUACACUCAGAUCUGGAGAGUGCUGCUACAUCUCGCUGCAGACCCUUUUCCUGAAGUGUCAGAUCUGGCCAUGAAGGUGCUCAACAGCAUAGCAUACAAGGCAACAAUGAACGCCCGGCCUCAGAGGAUCCUGGACUCUGGAUCUCUCACCCAGUCGGCUCCAGCUAGCCCCACCAGCAAAGGCACGCACAUCCACCAAGCUGGUGGUUCUCCUCCAAUGCCCAGCACCAGCAGCUCCAGUCUGACCAACGAGGUGCCCAAACCCCCCACCAGAGAGCAGCCGGCCACACGACCUCCCUACACCCCCACAUUGGGAGGACAGGCGCCUCACUCCCACCAGUUCCCUCGCACCCGCAAGAUGUUUGACAAGGGACCUGAGCAGGCAGCUGAAGAUGGUGACGAGCCGGGCGGUCACAGGAACUACAUAUGUCCAGCCCUCCAGACGGGCCUUUGUGAUUGGAGCGCCAAGUAUUUCGCUCAGCCUGUCAUGAAGAUCCCAGAGGAGCAUGACGUGGAGAGUCAGGUGAGGAUGGAGCGGCAGUGGCGGUUCUUGAGAAACACUCGCGUGAGAAGGCAGAGCCGAGGCAUCACACAGAAGGGUGUUUCCCGUCUGGAUGAUCAAAUAUUCAUCAACCGAAACCCUGGAGUACCAUCUGUUGUGAAGUUUCACCCCUUCAACACCUGCAUCGCUGUGGCCGACAAAGACAGCAUCUGUUUCUGGGACUGGGAGAAGGGCGAGAGGCUGGACUACUUCUACAACGGAAACCCUCGGUACACUCGCAUCACAGCCAUGGAGUACCUGAACGGACACGACUGCUCAUUACUGCUCACUGCAACAGAUGAUGGAGCGCUACGUAUUUGGAAGAACUUUGCCGACCAGAAGAACCCGGAGAUGGUCACGGCAUGGCAGGGCCUCUCCGACAUGCUGCCCACUACCAGAGGUCAGCCCACCACCAGCGCUCACAGUCUGGCCAGAAGGGUGUCCAUCUAUCUUGACAGGAGUAAACAGGGAGGUGCAGGCAUGGUCGUCGACUGGGAGCAGGAGACGGGUCUCCUUAUGACGUCUGGAGAUGUCCGAGUCGUCAGGAUCUGGGACACCGACAGGGAGAUGAAGAUCCAGGACAUCCCAACAGGAGCAGACAGCUGUGUGACCAGCCUCUCCUGUGAUUCCCAGCGUUCGCUCAUCGUAGCCGGUCUUGGUGACGGAUCCGUCCGCGUGUUCGACAGGAGGAUGGGUCCAAACGAAUGCCGGGUGAUGACCUACAGGGAGCACGGAGCCUGGGUGGUCAAAGCUCAUCUUCAGAAGGAGACUGACGGACAUAUUAUCAGCGUCAGUGUUAACGGAGAUGUUCGCUUCUUUGAACCGCGGUCACCAGACUCUGUCAACGUGCUGCAGACAGUGAAGGGGUUAACAGCCCUGGACAUCCACCCACAGGCCAACUUGUUCGCCUGUGGGUCGAUGAACCAGUUCAUAGCGGUCUACAACUCUAACGGCGAUGUGAUCAGCAACAUAAAGUAUUAUGACGGCUUCAUGGGACAAAGGAUCGGGGCCAUUAGCUGUUUAGCCUUCCAUCCUCACUGGCCCCACUUGGCGGUAGGCAGCAACGACUACUACAUGUCCAUCUACUCAGCGGAGAAGAGGCUAAGAUAACACACCAGCAUUCAUAACCAACUGUUCCCCAACAAAUCAACCACAUAUGACUUCUGACCCUGAGCCUCGCUCUCUGGGAUGUAAAUUACGUUUUUGUUGUACAUAUGCAAUUACCACCCUGAAUGUUCUAGUGAUGGCUGCUGACAAAAACUCAUGCUACGAACGACGAUAUUAUUAUUAUACUCACUGUUGAUUCAUAUUCUUAUUAUGAAGCUAAUGAUUGUAGACUUGGCUGUGCUGAGGAGUGUGUAUAUUUAAAUAGCGUAUACAGAAUAUUAGAGGUUCUAUUUUAAAGAAGUGGUACCCACCGGUCGCUGGGGCUCCUCCUCACUGCACAGCGAGCAUCUCUACCUGAACGAACUGUGACCCCUGCGAAACUAGAAGUGCAUGGGGGGGUUGGGGUGGGUCACCCGGAGGACAACACGCACUGUUAAAACACAUUCACUGGUGCAGGAAACAGAGACUCACCCUCCACUGGACCCCAGCGUGUUUAUGAAUUCUUUUUAAUGGCCGUCUCAAAGCCAAAGGACACAGAGUUUUGCUACUUUGCUGCACCGCUGGCAAGACAUUUGCAGAUCUCCAGAGAUGGAGGACUGUGCUCAUUCUGACGCCUCGACCAGGCUGACAUGAUGAGUGUGUGUUUGUGUGUGUGUGUUAAAGUGGAUUAUAGCACAGAUGUGCCCCACAGUGGGCCUUCAAGCCUUGGACUUAAUUGAUGCCCAAAUAAGAUGCCUGCUCCCAUGCUAGAACUAUCCUUCUUGCUUCCCUGACCCCAGCGUGCCAAACAUAAUCACAUUUUCCAUGCAAGCCCUUUCGUUGUCACUAAAGGGUUUCUUUUGUUUGUUUAAUUGUGGGGGGGGUUUUAUGUGUUGCCUGUAAAAGGGAUAAAACUCCUUUGCCCCUAGGAAGAUACACAUUCUUAUAUCCAGCACAGUGAGAGGAGGGCUAAAUAGCACCGAGUCCUCCAGGGAGCCCGUGGUUCCUGCCCACCUGCCCUGCAAAGCAAUACCAACCUCACAUGAUUCAGUGUCAAACGUUUCUGAUAAAAUACUUCAGUUUUAAGGUGAUUGCAGCAUCAACAGCUUAAGACUGUCGUGCUCACCUAAAACCCGACCUAUAGCAUCCAAAGGGGCCAAAACAUAGCUAUACAAACACACCCAUUUCCAGGUUAGUUUCCUUUUAUAUUCUUACAGUACUAGAUGGGUGAGUAAUUACCCCAUCUAUACACCCCAUUAAAAGGCAAGAUAUCAGAUAAAUAAAGUUUCCUGUGAUUGACUCCUUCUAAUCAGUAGGUCCUCCCCAUAUGGAUCAAAAGAUUAAAAAAAGAAGCCCUGAAAUACUUUUUGACCUGCUUCAUUUAUUUCGUCCCUUUUUAUGCCAGUCCAUAAUUUUCUGGCUUCAUAAACAGAAGUUGUCCCUGGUUGCUUAUCUAACGACAGUGAUGGGCAGCUUUCUUAUUUUCAAAACAACCUUUAGAGAACUUUUAGGUUAUGCGGUUCAUCACACCAGGGAUCAUCACUCGCCCAACUGUUUAUAUCAUCGUUCCUUUUUAAAAACACCUUCUGUAGUUUUUUUCCCCCCGUCUUUGAGUUUUAAUUUUACUGCCAGGAUUGUUUGGUUUUGAUUUUGUUUAACAAAGUCAGAGGCAGUGAGUUGCAUGUUAAUCGGUGGCAUCAGAGCUGUGACACCUCCUCUCUGUACCUGUAUGUGCUCACUAUGUCAAGUCUGAGUUCCAAAUCUCGCUCAGGUACUUCAUGAGCCACCUCAAACCCACCGUCGAGCAACUGCCAGCCUCCCCGGUGUCUGCAGCAUGAUGGACCGGUGCGGGCAGUCACGUGACCGAGUGCGUUGUCACUCCAGAGAUCAUGGACAUCUUUGACAUAAAUGUCAUUGUGGUGCUGUUUGGUAAGGAUGCAUCUCUUAUUCGAAGGGAAGCUUUCAGUUUGUUAGGUUUUUUUAUGCAGUAUCACCAUCAACGUGCCUCUUCCUCGGGGCUGCAGCUUUGCUUAUUUAGCUUUUUUAACUUUUUUUUUGUUUUUGUUUUUCUGUUUUGUAAUUUUCUGUUUUUAAAUCUGCUGGCAUUUUAUUUGCCUUAGCCUCAGUGAGGUGGAGGGUGAAAAAGUGGAGACAGCCUUACCCUCACACAAACACACACACACAUACACACACACACACACACACACACACACACACACACACACACACACACACAAUGCAUACUUUCCUACCAUGCCCCCUCUCAUCGCCAAUUUAGCAAACAGCCGCUCCCUCCUUUCUUUCCUGCCAUGCCCACCUCAUCCCUCUGCAUCAGCUAUCCAGAGCUAUGCUUUUCCCCAAAGACAGAAUGGAUUUGUGAACUGGGAACACACACCAUACAGUCUGCAUCUAAGGUUGCAGUCACCACAUUAGUCCCCACCAUCACCCCGUCACCGAGCUCUUUAGCGCUCUGCAUGGUUUGGCAGGCCUCACCUGCUUCACCGGCUCAGCCAUAAUUAUGUAUUUUGGCGGUGGGCCAUUUGCUCAGAAUCACAUCAUCUCUAAGUAUCCUGCUUUGAGUUUUAAGAUUUUAGAUCUGGAGAAAAAGAGACUUUAACAAAGUAGUAAAGGAAACAUGAAAACAAUCAGGUCUGUCUCUGUGAAAGCUUUGCUGACUGUGGUUUAUAAGACAGGAGAUGAAAUAAACCAAAUACAA